AUGCCAAAAAAAUUAUUUGUUACAAUUUUGAUGUUGAGCUGUCUUCAAGUUGUGAUACUUGAUAAAGGUACAGGCACAUCCACUGAUGACAGCUUAAACAUAGUCUCCACUGGUGAAAAAACAGCUGCUUACUGGUUAGCACAGGCAAGAGCAGCUGUUGAAGCUAAAGCAAAUCGUGCUCGAAACACCAAAAAAGCUAAGAACGUGAUUAUGUUCCUUGGCGAUGGAAUGAGCCAUCAAACGAUUGCUGCUGCACGACUUGCUUUAGGUAAUGAAAACAAGAAGUUAUCAUUCGAAUCAUUUCCAUCUGUUGGAAGUUCAAAAACAUUCUGUGUUGAUGUUCAAGUUGCAGACUCUGCAUGUACUUCCACAGCUUAUUUGAAUGGAGUCAAAGCAAAUUUCUUAACGAUUGGAGUCAAUCCAAAUGCAAAGUAUAAGAACUGCAAUGAUAAUGUUGAUCGCACAAAAUGGACAAGCUCAAUUGCUCAAUGGUUUCAAAAUGCAGGAAGAAGUGCUGGAAUUGUCACAACAACGAGAAUCACUCAUGCAUCUCCAGCUGGUGCUUUUGCUCACAUCACAGAUCGUAACUGGGAAGCUAAUGUAAAUGUGUCAUCGGGUGGAUGUGACGACAAUAUCGUUGAUGAUAUUUCUGAACAGCUAGUCAACGGUGAAGUUGGAUCAAAAUUUAAAGUUAUUCUUGGUGGGGGUUCUGAAAAUUUUAUUGAUUCGUCAUUUACUGAGCAUGGAGUCAGUGGAAUGAGAUCAGAUGGAAAGAAUUUAAUUAAUGAAUGGACAUCUAAGAGUAAUAAGAGAAGUUUCGUCCGUAAUCGAUCAGAAAUGAUGGCAGUUGAUCCAAAAAAAGUUGAUCAGCUAUUUGGGCUAUUUCAUUCAGAUCAUAUUCCAUAUCAUUUGGAAACAGUCAGCAAGAAUGAACAGUCAAUUUACCCAACAAUCACUGAGAUGACAAUGAAAGCUAUUGACAUGCUAAGUACUGACACUGAUGGAUACUUUUUGUUCGUAGAAGGUGGUAAAAUUGACCAUGGACAUCAUGCAACGCAGGCAAGAUAUGCAAUUGACGAAACCAUUGAGUUUUCGAAAGCUAUUCAAGCUACUGUGGAUAGAGUCAAUCUUGAUGAAACUUUAAUUGUUGUGACAGCUGAUCAUGGUCAUGUAAUGAGCUAUUCUGGAAAUGCUCCUCGUGGAAAUGACAUUUUCUCAACUGCUGGCACUGCUGAUGAUGCUAUGAAGUACUAUACAUUAUCUUAUGCUAAUGGACCAGGAUAUUUCUUCAAUCGCAAACCAGGUGCUCGUGUAGAUCCAGCAACUCAACAGUCAACAGCAAAUAGCUUUUUAUUUCCAGCAAUGGCUCCAAAUGAAAUAGAAACGCAUGGCGGUGAUGAUGUUGGAAUAUUUGCGACUGGACCGAAUGCACAUCUGUUCACUGGUGUUAUGGAGCAAUAUAUAAUUCCUCAUAAGAUGGCUUACAUAAGUUGUGUUGGAAGUGGAACCACGUUGUGCAGUUAAAAUGGUUUUCUUAGGGGUCGUUCAAUUAUGACGUCUGAAAUUAACGGUCAUUUUUCAAAAAAGAACAUUAGAUUUCCUGGA